GUCGGUAGAGACCCAACCUCAGGUUUUCAGACAAAAAACAACAACAUAGUUCGAAGACUCGAAAGCCUAGGCCUCGUUGAUCGAGCGACAGCAACAAAAAUGCGAACAUACAAAGCUGUAUGUCCGAAGAUAUAUGGCCAACCCAAGGCACACAAACCAGAACUACCCUUACGGCCGGUUGUACCAUGCAUGACAUCACCAACUUAUGACCUGUCGAAAUAUGUGGCAAACAUUCUCCAAAAGUCUGUUCAUAGCAAAUACAACAUACGGAACUCUUACGAGUUCUGCCAAUACAUCAACAACAUCAAUCUCCCUAACGAUCAUGUUCUCGUUUCAUUUGAUGUUGUUUCACUUUUCACGUCCAUUCCAAAGGAACUGGUGAGAAAGAGCAUCUUCACGCAUUGGGCCAAGAUUGAAACAAAUACCUCCAUAUGUUUGGAUUUGUUCUGGGAAAUAACGGAGUUUUGCAUUGAUUGUAGUUAUUUCGCUUUCCAAGGAGGCUACUACAAACAAAAGUUUGGUACAGCUAUGGGCAACCCACUAUCACCCAUCAUUGCCGAUAUGGUACUCGAAGACCUCCUCAACGAAGCAUUAACUGUCGUGAACAUACCCAUCCCCUAUCUUAAAAAGUACGUGGAUGAUUUGUUCCUAUCCUUGCCACGCGAUAAAAUUGAAGCAAUAAAAACAACAUUCAACAGUUUAAAUCACCAUAUCCAGUUUACCACAGAAGUGGAAGAAAACAAGCGCCUUCCUUUCUUGGAUAUGGUACUAGUAAGGAAAGACGAUCAAACAAUUAAAACUGAAUGGUACACAAAACCAAUAGCAUCGGGUAGAUUUUUGAACUACUAUUCAUGUCAUCCAAUGCACCAGAAGAUGAAUGUAGCCAUAAACUUUGCCCAAAGAGUGUAUCGUCUUUCCACGAAUUGGAACUCGGCGAAAAUCAACAAUGUCAUCUUUCGGCACCUCAGACUAAACGACUAUCCAAAAACUCUAAUAAAUCGAAUCAUCAAUCACGUAUGCAGCAAACCAGCAGCCGAUACAGCUAUGGAAGUGAACAGAAAAACUGUCGAAACGGACUUUUACUGCUCACUCACCAACGUCGAUGGACUCACACAUAGAUUAACUAAAACAUUGCGAAAAGAAUUCCCUCGAACAAAAAUAGCCAACAAAAACACUAAAACCGUUGGUGCACUUCUACCACCGGUUAAAGACAUAACACCAAAAGAGGAACUGAGCAACAUAAUAUAUAAAAUAGCCUGUGAGGAAUGCCCCGGCUCAUAUGUUGGUAUGACGAGUACAAAACUAAAAAACCGACUCAGCGGACACCGUUCAAACAUAAAAAAACUAAACACUCUGCGAGAUGCCGGGUAUACUAACAACGACACAGCAAUAGCUUGUAUUAGAGAGAAGACAGCAUUGGUUGACCACGCAGCUGCCACGGGACAUACCUUCAGGCUAGAUAGUCCAGUAAUAAUUGAUCGCACAUUCAAAACAGCAAAUUUGCCUGUAAUUGAAAGUUGCCAUAUAAAAAACACCCAUCAUGCAGUCAACAAGAGGACAGACACGGACAAUUUACAUACAGCAUAUGGUGGUAUACUACACAUGAUACACACGAGAAAGACGAAGAGAGAACCAAAACAAACCAGACACACAAACACUAGUCUUGCUGCCGAGAGAGAGAGAGCGAGGGAUUGAGAGAAGUAACCUAAGGUAAUCACGCACAGGGUAUCAUCACACACACACCAUCAUGUAGCAAAACACAACACACUCAAAAAGAAUUGACAUUUACAAAAGUUAGCAGUUAGCUGAAAGAUAUUAACUGAACCGAAUUCAGAGGAAAAGACGAGCAUUUCGAUCCCGAUAAAACUUUACACGAUCGGAACAGAUGAUCGUAAGUACACGGAGAGAAUUCGUUCUGGCGAAAAUAAGAAUUAUAUGGUGAUUAUCUUUUAUUUGAACAGCUGAAAAACCAUAUGACAAUCCAUUGUUGUACAACAACAGAUCUGACAACAAAACAACAAUUAUCGAAUCCUUGAAAAAGGUCCCAAACGGACCGAAACGUCGGAUGAAGACAAAAUAGUUUGUUUUUGCUUAAAAAUUAGACUGCAAAGCCAUACACCUAACCUAAAAAUUGGAAACAGUCGACUCCAGUUCAAAGAUUAAAACCAUGGCCGGUUUCUACGAAACUAUAGACAACGAAUUCGGAAGUACAGUUAAGAUUCAAUUUAAACAAUACGCUGAUAACAACAGAAAAUUAAGCUGCAUGGAAGUCCGGAAAGAAUUUCUUCUACGGUGUCGUCGAAACGGAGUGUUUCCGGACCAUAUUCAAAAUUCUUUUAAAUGUUUGUUCGAACUAAUGGAAGAUCGCAGUCCAUAUCUGCGAAAAAUGGAAAAUUGUGUCGCAAAAUUCAAAAAGACUAUAUUAAAUCUCGAGAUAAAGCAAACUUUCUACAAAAUAAAAGUAUACCAGUCAAAUUGCGAGCACUUGCGGAAAACCAUCAAAGCCGUGGUACCAGAACCUGUCUCGAAAUCUUUCCUCGAUAUUCAACAUAGUUUUCACCAACAGCAGACAGAUAAAAACAGAAAAUCGAUUACCAAAAAAUAUCAGAGACUUUUAACAAAAUUCACAGAAGGUAUAAAAAGUUCUUUACCAACGAUAAACAACAAAGCGUUGUAUAAUGCUACAACAGUUGCAAUUCCCAGCAAAGUGGAAAUGCUACUCAGUUUAGGAGCAAAAUUUGCUCUCCCGUAUACAAGCCCUUCUGAGAUCCCGUUCUACCAUAUUAUCGCAGAUGUCGAAGGUAUAAUAAAAUCACACACAGACACGGAUGUACAAGAAAGGACUCGUUGCGCAAUUGCAAACAACAUACAAAACUUCAUACAUCAAUCGUGCGCACCAACCAACCCACAAGUCAAACUAUAUAACCAAGCUGAAAAACAAACCAGGAUCUUUUUCAAACAACACCCUGAAGUACUAGUGCUACAGUCCGACAAGGGAAACAAGACCGUCAUAAUGGACAAAGAAGAUUACACUAUGAAGAUGAAGAUCCUAAUUGGAGACGAACAAACUUAC